AUGGACGCCACGACGAUGCCAACGGCCUUCCACGACGUGGACGCGCUCCUCAAGACGCCGCUCGAGUACGACUCGGACACGGACGCCUCGUCGACGGACGGUGACGCGCCGAGCCUGCCGCCCGCGGAUGCCGCGCGCCUUCAGGCGCUGUACGCGACGGUCUCGGAGCGGUCCGAGCACCUCGUGGGCUUCCCGUCGUGCAAGGACUGGGACUACAGCGCGCUCUUCCCGUUCCUCUCGUUCCCCAUGAACAACGUCGGCGACCCGUACAUCGAGUCGAUCUCCAAGGUCUCGACGCGGGACUGCGAGCGGGACGUGCUCGCCUUCUUCGCAUCGCUGCUGCGCGCACCGGUCGACGACGUCUGGGGCUACGUGACCAACGGCGGCACCGAAGGCAAUCUGUACGGCAUGUACCUCGCGCGCGAGCUGCACCCGACCGGUAUCGUCUACUACUCGCAAUCGACGCACUACUCGGUGGUCAAGAACCUCCACAUUUUGCGCCAAACGAGCUGCGAAGUUCGCGUCCAGUCGAACGGCGAGAUGGACUAUGCACACUUUGCCGAGCUCGCGGCCGCCCAUGCAGACGUGCCCGCGAUCGUCUUUUGCAACAUUGGCACGACCAUGACCGAAGCCAAGGACGACAUGGCCACGAUCACGACCAUCCUCGACGACCUUGGCAUUCCGGAUCGGUAUCUGCACGCAGACGCCGCGCUCUGCGGUGUCAUGAGCCCGUUUGUGGAGCCCCGCCCGGCCUUUGAUUUUGCGGACGGCGCGCAGUCGAUCUCGAUCUCGGGCCACAAGUUCCUCGGGUCGCCGAUUCCGUGCGGCGUCGUGCUCGCCAAGAAGCACCUCGUCGAAAAGAUCAAGCGCGAUGUCGCGUACAUUGGCGCCCCGGACACGACGAUCACGGGCUCCCGCAACGCGUUUACGCCGCUCCUGCUCUGGUACCGCGUCCAGAGUCUCGGCAUCGACGGCCUCCAGAAGCGCGUCCAGAUUGCACUCGAGAACGCGGCGUAUGCCGAAGCCAAGUUGAAGGACCUCGGCGUCGCCGCGUGGCGCAACGAGAACGCGAUCACGGUCGUCUUUCCCGAGGUCGCCCACGCGCUCCAGAUCAAGUGGCAGCUCGCGACCGCCAAGGGCAUCUCGCACCUCAUUUGCAUGCCGAACGUGACCAAGACGCAGAUCGAUGCGAUCCUUGCCGACUUUGCGUGUUAUCUCUAA